UUCCGGGAGGUUGUACGUCACCCGACACCCCCCGCCCCUUGCCCCCGGGUCUGGCGACGCAAAGAAUUGGUGGCUUCGGAGUUGUGAACCUUCUGGCGUCUUGUGACCGGAGUCCUGUAACCUCUGCAAGUUUCAAUACUCUCUAUCAGAAGUCAGGCAGCACUUGAUAGGCCAAGGUUUCCUUCACAUAGUGUUUAGACUCCGAUGGCCGGGGCAGCUUUACAGAGGCUUCCUGUGGGGACAACAGACGGCUAUUCGGUUCAUUAAGUCGGGUCUGUACCCAGCGUUGCAAACUUACCUUUGUUGGCCUUAAUCAUCAAUUUGUCUCAUUCUUCAAUUAUUGAAAGGUACACUGGAGGUUGCCCUUGGGAGCCUGAUAGAAUUUGCCAGCAUGUCAACCCAGAGGAAGGAUAACUAACGGCCAAGGCUUUACUUCAAGAUCAUUUUGGCGGUGGCACUAAAUUCAGAAACGUCUGCCUCCUCCAGGUUUCUACCAGUCUUUGAGUCACAAGUGUGGGUCUUGAUUCUGGAGUUAAACUUGACUUUCAUCUCAGGAUAAAUAAAGAAUGCCAACUGAUACUGUUCUUAAAUUUGGAGGCGUUUUCCUUAUUGUCAUUCUGAUUGGUAUCUUAACUUGCCACAAUCAUUUCCAUUUGGAGUCUCUGAAAGCCUCUGGAGCAAUCAAUGUGGGCAAAAUUAAGCGAGACCUUUUGUGGCAAUCUCCAAAUUCUAAAAAUGACACCAAAACCUCAUUCAGUGAAGGGAAUCACAGUGCCUCACAGUGUGAUAUUCAUCCUAAUAGUAGGUUGGAUUGUGCCUUUAAUGAACUGAUGGACAUGACAACAUGUCAGGCCCGUGGCUGCUGCUGGAAUUCAGUGGUCAAUGUGUCUGCCCCUUACUGUUUCUUGCCGUUAAAUUAUCCUUCAUACAAUAUGGACUUUCUUUCUCCAACCAAGACUGGCUAUUCAGGUAUUCUCAGCCGCACUGAGAGAUCAUUGUUCCCAAAUGACAUAAGGACGCUUCAGUUGAAUGUUAUGUAUGAGACAUCAGGCAGACUUCAUUUUACACUUAAGGACCUUGAGAAAAAGAGGUAUGAAGUUCCCAUUGAUGUACCUGUUGUUACUGAAAAAGCUUCAACUCAGCUCUAUACUGUUAAGUUUUCCUCCAGACCUUUUGGCAUUAUUGUACAGCGGAAAUCAAAUGGCCGUGUGCUGCUGAAUACGACAGUGGGGCCAUUAAUUUUUGCUGACCAAUUUCUGCAGAUCUCUACCUCCCUGGCCUCACGACAUAUUUCAGGGCUGGGUGAGCACGUGACAAAUCUAAUCCUGAAUGUCGAUUGGAAUCAAUUAACUCUCUGGAAUUGGGAUCAAAUACCUCAUCCUAAUGCCAACUUGUAUGGCUCGCACCCUUUUUAUUUGGUAAUGGAAGAGGAUGGGUCAGCUCAUGGAGUUUUCCUUUUAAACAGUAAUGCCCAAGAUGUUUUACUUCAGCCAUCUCCUGCUCUAACCUGGAGAACCAUUGGAGGAAUCUUUGAUUUUUAUGUGUUCUUGGGUCCAAAUCCAAAAACAGUGAUCAGGCAAUAUAUGGAUGUUAUAGGUUACCCAAUAAUGCCUCCAUACUGGAGUCUGGGAUUCCAUCUGUGUCGGUUUGGUUAUGAGAGCACGAAUGUCACUCGACAGGUUGUGGAGAAUAUGACCAGAGCCAACAUGCCUCAGGAUGUACAGUGGAAUGAUAUAGACUACAUGGAUUGGAGGAAAGACUUCACUUAUAACUUAGAAUACUAUGGUGACUAUCCGGAGAUGGUGGAUGAAUUUCACAAAAAAGGCUUAAAAUAUGUCAUGAUUUUGGAUCCAGGAAUCAGCAGUUCACAGGGAGCUGGGGAAUACAAGCCAUUUGAUGAUGGCAUAAAGAGAGGUGUCUUUAUAAAAAAUGAAACUGAUGAACUAUUAAUAGGCGAGGUUUGGCCUGGUCCCUGUGCCUUCCCAGACUUUACAAAUCCAGAGACUUGGGCCUGGUGGUAUGAGAACAUAAAGGAGUUUCAUGAUCGGGUGGCUUUUGAUGGAUUAUGGAUUGAUAUGAAUGAGCCGUCCAAUUUUGUUACUGGAGCAAUGAAUGGCUGUCCAGACAACAAUUUAGAAAACCCUCCUUAUGUACCAGGUGUAACUGGCAGAUAUCUGAGGUCCCGCACAGUGUGUAUGACUGGGAAACAGUAUCUGUCAUCACAUUAUAACCUGCACAACUUGUAUGGAUUAACUGAAGCCAUUGCUACUCAUAAUGCGUUGAUCAAGGUGAUUGGAAAGCGUCCUUUUGUGAUUUCAAGGUCCACUUUUCCCAGUCAUGGUCAUUAUGCUGGACACUGGACUGGGGAUAUCAGAAGCAACUGGAGUGACAUGUAUUACACCAUCCCAGCUGUAAUGCUGUUUAAUAUGUAUGGAAUUCCUCUUGUGGGAGCGGAUGUCUGUGGUUUCGGUGGAGCCACCACUGAAGAACUCUGUGUGCGCUGGACACAACUUGGAUCAUUCUACCCAUUUAUGCGGAAUCACAAUGCCUGGAAAGAGCCGUCCCAGGAACCAUACGUCUUCAGUGAAUCAGCUCAAUCAGCAAUGCGGAAAGCUCUCUUCACCAGAUACAUGCUGCUCCCUUUCCUUUACACACUUUUCCACAAGGCACACACUGCUGGAGAGAUGGUUGUUCGGCCACUGUCAUUUGAAUUCUCUGAAGAUCCAAAUACCUGGAGCAUUGAUCGUCAGUUUAUGUUGGGGGAGGCCCUUCUCAUCAGUCCAGUAUUAGAGCCUGAAACAGUGGAAGUGUCUGCUUAUUUUCCCUCUACUACAUGGUAUAAUCUGUACAAUGGUUCUGCUAUUCAUAGCAAAGGCCAGUACAUUCUACUAGAGGCACCCUUGGAUACUAUCAAUGUCCAUGUGCGCGAAGGCUGCAUUUUGCCACUACAGGAGCCCAGUAGAACAACUGCUGUCUCUCGUACAAACCCAUUUCAUCUGAUCGUGGCACUGUCUGAUCAAGUAGAUGCAAGAGGAGAACUCUUCUGGGAUGAUGGUGACAGUCUACUGACCUAUGAGAGAGGAGACUAUACUAAAAUUAUCUUCCUCGCUAAAAACAAUAUGCUGCUCAGUGAGAUAGUCCAUUUGAACAGCCAGGUCGAUGACCUACGUUUACAUGGAGUUACUAUUUUUGGAGUUUCUAAUCCCCCACAGUUUGUUGUUAUUAAUGGGGUCUCAAUCUCAGACUUCUCCUACAGGUUGGACACAAAGGUGCUGACUUUGCAAAAUCUCUCUGUCUUCAUGGAAGAGGAGUUCACAAUUUCUUGGCUGUAAACAAGUGGAGUUGCUUGUGAAAAGAAGGAGGCUACUGCAACAAAAUCCGAAAGGGCUAAAAGAAAAUGAUAAUUAGAAAACAAAAUACUGCUGAUGCUGGAAAUCUGAAAGAAAAUCAGAGAAUACAGUAAACAUGCAGCAUGUCAGACGGGAUCACUGGGAAAAGAACCUGAGUUAGUGUUUCAGGUAGAAAUGUCAGAGGAGGUGCCUCUUAAUGAAAUGUUUUAUUAGUUUCUUGUUCCAAAGAUGCUGCCUGACCUGCAAAGCACUUGCUGCAUUUUAUGUUUUUUGUUAAAAGAAGCGAUAUUUUCCACUGACUUGCAAUCAAUAGAGGGAGUGUAGUCCAUGCCCUCCAAAUGAAAACUAAUGUUUUAAAUUUUGCAUGAUUAAUUUAAUAGUUCAAUUUUUACAAUGCAUAUACAUAAAGCAAAGUAUUUUUGAUUGAAACUGCCAAAGUUACUUAACUGCAAACUUGAACUAGAACAAAAUAAAAGCAACAUGACUAUAUAUUAUUUUUACAAUUGAUUUUAAUUAGUUUUGCUGUGCAUGGGUAUUCCUUCCUCAAUACCAGAUAAUAAAUACACACGCAGCCUCCAACUUUCCUUACAUUUGCAAUUAGAUCUGUUUGAAAUGCCAUCUCUUCAUACAUGUAGCUUUAAGGCAGUAUUGUUGGGCAUACUUUUACCACUGUACCAUUGAGAACAUACUCACCAACUGCAUCUCAGUGUGGCAUGGCAAUUGUCCCAUAUCAGACCGCAAAGCACUCCAGCGGGUGGUGAAAACUGCCCAGCGGAUUAUCGGCACUCAGUUGCCCACCAUUGAGAACAUCUACCAUAAACGCUGCCUGGGGAAAAGCAUUAUCAAGGAUGCAUCUCACCCUAACCAUGGACUUUUUACUCUCCUCCCAUCCGGUAGGCGCUACAGGAGCCUCCGCUCCCACACCAGCAGGCACAGGAAGAGCUUCUUCCCUGAGGUUGUAACACUGCUGAACCUCUCAUCACAGUGCUAAGCAGUAUUGCAUCCGUAUUGUACUGUCUCAGUACUUUUAUAUUUGUGUGCUGUAGCACUUUUUUUAUUCGCAGUUAUUUUGUAAAUAGCACUAUUCUUUGCAUUUCUGGUCAGAUGCUAAGUGCAUUUCAUUGGCUUUGUAUCUGUGCUUGGCAGAAUGACAAUGAAGUUGAAUCUAAGAAUAACUUUAUGCCAUUAUGCCAUUGUCAUAAGGAACAGAGAAAUCAGUAUAGUCCAGAAACCAGCGAUGUUAUACUGUACCAGCCUGUAAAUGUAUUCUGUAAUACUAUCUUGUCAUAAGUAAGGAGCCUUUCCCUUUCACUAAAACCAGCUAUCAUAUUUAUAACACACGGCUGCUGAAACAAAGGUAACUGUAUGAACCUGUCAGCUGUACUGCAGACAGAGAUUGAAAGAAAUAUUGUUUACCCGGGCACUUAACAUCAGGGUGUGGAAGCACAAGGCAAUAAUUUAAAAUGGUAAGAAUACAGUGGGAUCCCAGUUCAUUACUGGGUUAGAUAGCAAAUGUCAUGUGCGAAGUUGUAAAGGGAAGAGGUACACCAUGGUUGAACUAAGUUACAGAAAGAACCCGGAGAGAGUGUUAGUAAAUACUGAUUUGAGUAUCCAGAAAACUUACAACACUCAUAUUUACUAUUGGAUUCUGAUUAUUAGUUCAACAAUUAUAAGUCUCUGCCAUUUUAAACAAUUGAUGAGAGUGAUACAUAUUAAUUAUGCUUGACCUUAUCCAGUUAAGUAAUUUUGUCACUGAGGAAAUGUCAAAGGAAUUUUGUUUUUGGUUCUCAUGUCUUCAGUUCAAAGCCCUAAAUCCUGGAAUUUUCUCCCUAAGAGUUGCAUUAAAUUCAUACAAUUAUGCAAUACAGAAACCAGCCUUCCCAACCCAUCUUCUCCAUGCCAACUGUGACGCCUGCCUGCGCUAAUCCAAUUUGUGUGCAUUAAACCCCUUUCUUAUCAAAGUACCUGUCCAAAUGCCUUCUAAACAUGGUGAUUACGUCCAGCUGUGUCACCUCCACGGGCUACUCACUCAAGAUAACCACCACCCUCCUUGUGUGGGGGAGAGGGGGAAGCUAGCCCUCGGAUGUCUUUUCAAUUUCUCCUUUCUCAAAUUAAACCUACGCCAUCUAGUUUUAGACUUCCCUGCUCUGGGAAGAAGACUUCAUCUUUCCUAUUUAUGCCCCUUGUAAUUUUAUAGACCUUUGAGAGUUCAUCUCUUGGCUACUUGCAUUCAAGUGAGAAUAAACCCAGCCUAUCCAAUGUUUCCUGAUAACUAUAGACCUCCAUUAAAGGCAGCUUUCUAGUGAGUCUCUUCUGUAGUGUUUCUAUUACCACCACACUACUUAUAUCCAUACACUGGCCUAUGAAAGCAGCCAUGCCAAAUGCCACAAUCAGCAGCCUAUCAACCAAUGUCACCACUUUCAACAAGCUAUGAACUUGCACUCUCAAGUCUAUCUGUAUAUCAAUGCUCCAAAGGUCACUACCAGUUACUGUAUAUGUCCUACCAGAACUUGACUUCCCAAUGUUUACUAUUUCACAAUAUUCUGGAUUAAAUACCAUCAGCCCAGACCUCUGUUCUUCUAAUUGACCCCAAAGUCAAACCUGGAAUCGGAGAAACAUGGGGUCAAUAUCUAGGCGUUGGUGAAAUCUGGAGGGCACAGCUGAAGGUUAAAGUCCAGAGCUGCAUGAGUCCGGGGAUAGAGGUCCCAAGCACAAAGACUGAAGUCAGGGAGGUGACAGGUCGAGGCACGAAGAUUGAGGUGCCUCGGUUGGUUUGUCUGGAGGAUAGAGUCUAAUAUCGGUGUGUCCAGGCCAAGGUCUCGAGAUUGGAGGCCUAACAUCUGAGUGUCCAGUGAGAGCUUAAAGACUAAACUCAAACAGUGAAUUUUAUUUCAAAUGUUGUGCAAAAUAAAGGUGAAAACACAAUUUUAGUUUACUUGCAUUUAUACAUAAGGACAAUGGAGCUGUAAGUUGAUUAGCAGCAACAUCCUCUAGAACAGAACAACAUAGCUAUCCCCCAGUUUUAUAAUGCAAAAGUCUCCAUCAGAACCCCAGCUAUCUUCUCCCUUAUUUCCAGAGCAACCUGGUAAAUUAUCAGCCAUUAUGCAUCCCUUGACGUCUCAUCACCCCAUCCUCUUUAAUACUGACUGGUUCCAGAGUAUCCACAUACUCCUCCCUGAUCACUUAAUCUUCCACAUCCUUCUCCUUGAUGCAUCCAGAUACAUUUGGGAUCUUGCCCACAUUACCUAGCUCCAUGCAAUAUUACCUCUUUGAUCCAAAUGGAACUCACUCUUCAGAAUGCCUUGUGAUUGGCUUUAAUCUUACUUGCCAAGGCAUCUUUAUGUCCUCCUAGUUUUUUUUUUACUAUGUUCUCUCCUAUAUAUGCUAUAAUUCCUCAGUACUUGCCAUUUGCUGCCUCCUUUUCUCUCGAGCAGAUUUUUAAUAUCCUUUUGUCAUCCAAGGUUCUAUAAUCUUGUCAUCUUGACCUUUCACCCUUACUGAAUCAUGCUGGCCCUGAACUCUUACUCACUCUAAUUUAAAAGACUCCCACUUCUCAGUUGUUGAUAACUGCCUUGAAAUUUACAGAAUAAUGAUCAGUAUCCCAAAGUGCUUCCCCCAUCCACACUUCUGCCAGUUGCCAAGUUUUGUUUACUAUGUCUACAAUUAUUGCCUUGUCUCUAGUACGACUAUCUAUAUGUUGUUUCAAAAAAAAUACUUCAAUGUACAACAAAUUCUGCCCCCUCUAAACUAUCAUUCAGGCGAUCCCUUCAAUAUUUGAGUAGUUGAAAUCUUUCAUUUCUAUAACGCUAUUGCUUGUAUGCUUACCUGUUCCUCUAUUUCCCACUGACUACUGGGAGACCUGUAGUAUAGCCCCAGCAAAGUGAUCACCCCUCUUAUUACCAAGUUCUAUUGAUAUGGCCUCAUCUGGUCCCUCUAGGAGUUACUCUCUAUGUACUCCGUCAGUGGUGAAACCUCCCCUCUUUUGCAUUCCUCUUUGUUUUAUCUGAAACAUACAUCCCAGAACUUUAAGCUGCCAGUCCUGCCCUUCCCUCAAUCAUGUUUCCAUGAUGGCAAUAAUAUAAUUCCAGCACAGUUGAGUUGGUCAGAGCCCGCCAGCCCUCCCAUGCUCCCUCAUCAGCCUCUGCGCUGCCCGCUGGAUUUGCUCAAUUUAUCCUCUACAUUUUUCUCCCCACCCUCUUCAAUACUGUCAUGCUUAUCUUUAAAAAAAAAUAAUAUUAAGUAACUUCCUCUUUGCUUCCAUAUCCCUUAGCCUCCAAUCCCCAGUGAAAUAAAUGGGAUCUUAAGUCCUGUGCCAGCUCAGAUCCGAAACAGAGUUGAGGUGU